AUGUAUGGAAGAUUGCCUUCAACUUCUUCCAAUGAAAAAAAGAUUCCAACGUUUUGCAUCGUACUUUACAUCAUAAUAAUGGGCAUUGCUCUCACUGUGACUACACUAUUCAUAAUAUACUUUAUCAGAAAGAGAAGAAGAGAAUAACAAAUUUAACAAGAUUACAUUAGACAUAGCAGACAAACUUAAAGCUCUGGACAAGGCGGCUAAUUUGAUGAUGAUACUCAAAUAAUUGGUAAUAAUCAAUAAGAUGAUACCAACUAUGAAUUACCUCUGAUAGUACUUCAAAGCAAAAUGGCUCAAAAGCCACUCAACUCAUCCUACUAAUCUCCAUCCUCACUGCCCCUUAAUAGGCAAUUAAUUGACUCUUAAACAAGCAACUCCUCCUAUCAACUACAUUAACCUAAUCCUCAGGAAUUCUGA